GCGCGUGAUGUUUACAGAUGGCAGCAGCAGUGCAUGAGAUUUAAAUCGGUGUGUCAAAGUCACCCGUUACUGUCAAUAGUACCAGCCGGCAUUAUUCGGGCAUUAUCGUCAGCGGAGCAAAGGAUGGAGAAGUCAUUCACAUCACUCUCAAAUUAUUUUAACAGAUUGCGAUAUAAAGCGCGCGAGAUCGACGAGGGCAUCGAAAGGCUCGCCGAGACAUGGAAAUCGCAUCUUCUCAUCGGUGGCUACGCGGAGCGGACGGCCGAAACAGAUGCUCACUUAGAGAAAUUGUGGGAAUCGAUUCGCAGUACCGACAACGCGAUAGAGAAAUUUCAAUCCGAAUUGGAACCGUCAUUGGAAGAGACGGAUCAGUUACUGGAAGAGUCACAAGCGCUCUAUGAAGAUAUCAAAGAAAAGUGUGACAAUUUAGACAUUGUUCUGGCGGAAUAUGGUUAUCAUUAUGAAGAGAAUAACAUUGGAGAAGAGAAUCAUUCUCAAAAUGAUAGUAAAGAUUGUACAAUACACGGUGAAGUAGAAGUCGAAUUUACGCCGGAUUUAACAUGGAAAUGCAAAACUAAAUCCAGAGACUCAAGCAGUUCUAAUACAAACCAAAAAAAUUCAACCAUUAAGGGUAUCGCAACACCUGUAAUCAAAAGUUUACAAUCAGUUUUACAGUCAGAGGCAUUUUAUACAAAAGAAUCAUUUAGCGAUGCGUCUAUACAAGAAUCAGAUCAUUCGAAACAAAUAACGAAAAUAUAAUUGUGAGAUAAUUGUAUGUUCUCUCUGACUUUUCAUUCUUUAAAGUAAAAAGGAAAAGUGCAUAAUGCAUUAGUGCCUUAUAUAAUAGAAAUGUAAAUUUAUAUUAAUUCUUAAAGAAAUGCAUGUAUAUUUAUACUUUAUUGGUAUAUGAAUAAUCUGAGUUACCUUAUCCUAGGUUUUACUCUACAAUUUUAUGGUUAUCAUAACAUAAAUAAAACAUCAAAUAAAAAUGUAAGAAAAGGA